CCGCUCAGUCUUAAUUUUCCACUCUCCGCGAAACACAAAACAGAAAAAAACAUAAUGUCCGGCAACAAAUACUGCUUCGCCAUCGAUCGCGGCGGCACCUUCACGGACGUAAUGUGCAUCUGUCCCGGCGGAACAGUACGCACCAUGAAGCUGCUCUCCGAGGAUCCGGAGCGCUACAGCGAUGCACCUCGCGAAGGCAUCCGGCGGAUCCUCAAAGAGGAGACCGGAGAGGAUCUGGCAGCCAGUGGCUUGGUGGACACCUCGAAAAUUGGUUGGGUUCGCAUGGGCACCACGGUUGCCACCAAUGCUUUGCUGGAGCGCAAAGGAGAUCCCGUGGUUUUAGUGGUCAACAGUGGCUUCCGGGACCUCUUGUACAUUGGCAACCAGGCGAGACCGAAGAUAUUCGACCUCCACAUCCGAAAGCCAGCGAAUCUAUAUAAAUCUGUGGUCGAGGUGGACUGCCGCAUAGUUCCCCAGCAGGCGGAUCGCUGUGAGCUGAAUCACAGCUGGAAGGUGCUGGAGGGUGUGGCCGGCACCAAGUAUCUGGAGGUGCGACCAGUUGAUGAGGUGGCUAUCCGACAAUCCCUCUCAGUUGCCCGGGAUCAGGGUGUCUCCUCCGUGUCCGUGGUGCUGGCCCACAGCUACGCCUGUCCGGAGCACGAGCUCCAGGUGGGAGCCAUCGCCCGGGAGCUGGGCUUCAGCCAUGUGACGCUGUCCCACCAGGCCAUGCCCAUGUGCCGGGUGGUGGCCCGAGGCUAUACGGCCUGUGCGGAGGCCUACCUGACGCCCCAUGUGGAUCGCUACCUGGCCAGCUUCAAAUCUGGCUUCGACAAGCAGUUGGAGGGCGUGGAUGUGCUGUUCAUGCAAUCGGACGGAGGCCUGACCAACAUGGAGAACUUCCGUGGGGCUCGAGCCAUUCUCAGCGGUCCAGCGGGAGGCGUUGUGGGCUAUGCUCUGACGGGAGCCCGGGAAACGGAGCUUCCGCUUAUCGGCUUCGACAUGGGCGGUACCUCAACGGACGUGUCCCGCUAUGCGGGAACCUAUGAGCACGUGAUCGAAAGCACCACGGCAGGGGUAACCAUCCAGGCUCCUCAGUUGGACAUCAAUACCGUGGCUGCAGGCGGCGGAUCGCGGCUUUUCUUCCGAUCUGGCAUAUUUGUAGUGGGUCCAGAAUCGGCCGGAUCCCAUCCCGGACCUGCUUGCUACAAGAAGGGAGGUCCUCUGACAGUCACGGAUGCCAAUCUCAUUCUGGGUCGCAUUCUGCCGCAGUAUUUCCCCAAGAUCUUCGGUCCCAAGGAGAACGAACCACUGGAUCAUGAGAUCGCCAGAAGUAAGUUCGUCGAUUUGCAGACGGAAAUCAAUGAGUACUUGAGGGCUUCUGGCGAUAAUCGUGUUCUGAGCGUUGAGGAGGUGGCCCUCGGUUUCAUUCGGGUGGCCAACGAAACCAUGUGCCGUCCCAUUCGAGCAUUGACCCAAUCCCGAGGACUGGACACGGCCAACCAUGUACUCUCCUGCUUUGGAGGAGCUGGUGGUCAGCACGCCUGCGCUAUCGCGCGUAAUCUGGGAAUAGCCAAGGUUGUGGUCCACAAAUACGCCGGAAUACUAUCGGCCUAUGGAAUGGCUCUGGCCGACGUGGUCCAGGAGGUUCAGGAGCCGAAUGGCCUGGAGUUCAGCGAUGCAAAUGCGAAGCAGCUGAAGGAGCGAUUAGAUGCGUUGUCGAAGCAAUGUCAUGAUAAGUUAGCUGAGCAGGGAUUCAAAAGGAUUGAGCUUGAGCCCUUCCUCCAUUUGCGAUACGAAGGCACCGAUGGCGCCUUAAUGGUUGCUCCGGCAUCUAGAAAGCAGUCUUCGGCUACAAAUCCCUUGCUGGUGGCCUACGGCGACUUCAAUGCCACUUUCCUGGAGCGGUAUCGCACGGAAUUCGGAUUCGUAUUGCAAAACAGACGCAUCAUUGUGGAUGAUAUUCGCAUUCGAGGAUUGGGCAAGAACGAGACACCACCGGAGUCGGAAAUUCCAAAUGCCUCCGAAUUGACGCCCCCUGCCGAAUCGGGUUCACGUUGUCGCCUUCACUUUGAUCAGGGCGCCUUCGAUGCUCCGAUUUACCUGACCAAGAACCUCUUGGCCGGACACAAGAUCGCCGGACCCGCGGUGCUCAUAGAUCAGCUCUCGACCAUUGUGGUGGAGCCGGAGUGUGGUGUCCAAGUUACCCAGUUCGGAGACCUCAUCAUGGACGUGAAGACGGGUGGCAAGCAUGGCAUCAACGCGGACUUGGACCCAGUGCAUCUGAGCAUCUUCAGCCACCGCUUCAUGAGCAUCGCCGAGCAGAUGGGCAGGGUCCUCCAGCGCACUUCUAUUUCAACCAACAUCAAGGAGCGUCUGGACUUUUCGUGUGCUCUUUUCGGGCCGGACGGUGGAUUGGUGAGCAAUGCUCCCCACAUUCCAGUCCAUCUGGGCGCCAUGCAGGAGACGGUCCAAUAUCAGCUAAGAGUGCGCGGGGAGACCCUGAAGAACGGCGAUGUCAUCCUGGCCAACCAUCCCUCGGCAGGAGGAUCCCACCUCCCCGAUUUGACGGUCAUUACGCCGGUGUUUUAUGAGAAUCACCCGCGACCGGUCUUCUUUGUGGCCUCGCGAGGUCACCAUGCGGACAUCGGAGGCAUUACUCCGGGCUCAAUGCCGCCGCACUCCACCUCGUUGGCCCAGGAGGGAGCCGCCUUCAAGUCCUUCCUGAUCGUGGAGAAUGGCCUGUUCCAGGAGCAGCAGAUAAUCGAGCAGCUGACCACGCCCACGGCCGCAAAGGGGGCGGUGGGCACUCGCAACCUGAGCGACAAUCUGUCGGAUCUGAAGGCCCAGAUCGCGGCCAACCACAAGGGAAUCCAGCUGGUGGCGGAGCUGAUCGACAGCUAUGGCUUGGAUGUGGUGCAGGCCUACAUGUCGCACAUCCAGAAGAACGCUGAACUGGCGGUUCGUGACAUGCUGCGGCAAAUUGGCCGGGACACGCUGGACCGGACGGGAUCCACGGUGCUGGAGGCGAAGGAGUUCAUGGACGACGGUUCGCCCAUCGCCCUCAAGGUGACCAUCGAUGCGGAGCAGGGAUCGGCUCUGUGCGACUUCACCGGAUCGGGGGUGGAGGUGUGGGGCAACUGCAAUGCCCCACGGGCAAUCACCUUGUCGGCCCUGAUCUACUGCCUGCGCUGCAUGGUGGGCCACGAUGUGCCCCUCAACCAGGGCUGCCUGGCGCCCAUCCAGGUGAUCAUUCCGAAGAACUCCAUACUGGACCCCUCGGAGGGAGCCGCCGUGGUUGGUGGAAAUGUGCAGACCUCGCAGCGCAUCGUGGACACCGUGCUGAAGGCUUUUGGAGUCUGUGCCGCCUCGCAGGGAUGCAUGAACAACAUAACCAUCGGGGACGAGACCUGGGGCUACUACGAGACGGUGGCCGGAGGAGCAGGCGCCGGACCCGGCUGGCAUGGAGCCGGCGGGGUGCAUACGCACAUGACCAACACCCGCAUCACUGAUCCGGAAAUCCUGGAGCUGCGCUAUCCCAUGAUCUUGAAGCGGUUCUGUCUGCGCACCGAUGGCUCCGGCGGACGAGGCCAGUUCCACGGGGGCGAGGGAGUGGAGCGGGAUCUGCUUUUCCGUAAACCAGUGACUCUUUCCGUUUUAACGGAGCGACGAACCCUGCAACCCUAUGGCCUUGCUGGCGGAGAACCGGGAAAAAGUGGACGUAACUUGGUGGUCAAAAGGGAUGGUCGAGUGAUCGCCUUGGCGGGAAAGACUUGCAUCGAUGUGGAGGCUGGGGACACCUUUGCCAUGAAAACUCCCGGCGGUGGCGGAUUUGGACCGAUUGAAGAUUUUUCUAAAACCGGAGAAGGGGUGAAUCAGGAAAACAGCAAGCGAUACGUGGAGCGAGGCACUGUUUUCAACUACCUCCAAUCCCAGGAAUCUGCUUAAUAUUGUCUUUUAUCUAUGUUUAUACGUGCCAUAUUGAAUAAAGUCUCUCAAUGUUUUCUGUUAAAA